UCCAAUGACUAUAUGUACCCUUAAUCAAAAUUCCAAAAUACUCACCAAAAUCCUUAAGCAGAUACAUCAUUUUUUUUUCUAACGUUGUUCCUUCAUUGUAGAUAUAAUCCAAAUUCAUUUUUCUAAAGUUGUCAUGGCUCAAUUCAGUUUAAUUGUCACUAUAAUUGGGCUUAUUUGUGUGUUCUUUCCAUUUACCACUAAUGCAACUGAACAUCCUGUAUAUCAAAGGCCUAAAGAAGAACAAGAACAAAGCAAUUCACAAGUCUAUAUUGUUCAUUGUGAGUUUCCGGAUGGCGAUAGGGGUACAAGAUAUCAAGAUUUAGAAAGCUGGUAUCUUUCUUUCUUGCCUGCAACAACCUCGGAUAGUGCUCGUGAGGCACCACGUUUGAUCUAUUCGUAUCGCAAUGUUCUAACAGGAUUUGCAGCUAAGUUGUCGCCGGAUGACCUAAAGCAAAUGGAGAAAAUGGAAGGAUUUAUUUCAGCGCGCCCCGAGAGGGUACUUGAUUUGUACACCACACAUAGUACCAGUUUCUUGGGGUUGCACCAGAACAUGGGGUUCUGGAAUGACUCGAAUUAUGGGAAAGGUGUGAUCAUUGGAGUCAUUGACUCGGGAAUUUUCCCGGAUCAUCCUUCGUUUAGUGACGAUGGGAUGCCACCUCCCCCUGCUAAAUGGAAGGGUAAGUGUGAAUUUAAUGUCACAAAGUGUAACAACAAGCUCAUUGGCGCGAGGUACUUCCGGUCCUCGGGGAACGGGACACCAUGGGACGAAAAUGGGCACGGUACGCAUACUGCUAGUACAGCUGCAGGACGUUUCGUGCCUGGUGCUAACAUUUUUGGCAAUGCCAAUGGCACAGCCGUGGGCGUUGCACCUCUUGCUCAUAUUGCAGUUUACAAAGUGUGCGCUGCUGUCACUUGCUCGGAGAGCGACACUUUGGCUGCAAUGGAUAUGGCUAUUAGUGAUGGAGUCGACGUGCUUUCGCUUUCACUUGGUAAACUAACUAAUAAUUUCUAUGAGGACAACAUUGCACUUGGUGCCUUUAGUGCUAUGGAAAAGGGAAUCUUUGUAAGCUGUGCUGCUGGAAAUUCAGGGCCAUCCAGUUCUUCGACAUCUAAUGAAGCACCCUGGAUUUUAACAGUUGGUGCAAGCACGAUUGACAGGAAAAUCAAGGCCACUGCCGUACUGGGGAACAAUCAAGAACUUGAUGGAGAAUCAGCCUAUCAACCUAGUGACUUUCCUCCAACACUGUUGCCUCUUGCCUAUCCUGGAAACAAUGCUAGUAACUUAAAUGCUAAAUAUUGUACCCCUGCUUCACUGAACAACACGAAUGUCGUGGGAAAGAUUGUGUUGUGUGAGGUUGGUAUAACGACGCGAGUUGAUAAAGGGAAAGCUGUGAAGGCAGCUGGUGGCGCUGCCAUGAUUCUUAUGAAUACAAAAGCCAUUGCUAACACAACAUUGGCCGAGGCGCAUGUCCUUCCGGUGACACAUGUUAGCUAUGCAGAUGGUCUAAAAAUCAAGGAGUAUAUAAACUCAACACUAAUCCCUACUGCGACAAUAGCAUUCAAGGGAACUAGAAUCGGAGAUGAUCGUGCUCCAGUGGUUGCUGGAUUUUCUUCCAGGGGACCAAAUUUUGCUAGUCCUGGAAUUCUAAAACCGGACAUUAUCGGUCCUGGUGUUAACAUACUAGCAGCUUGGCAUAUUUCCUUGGAAAACAAAACAAACACCAACUCUAGAUUUAACAUGAUCUCAGGUACCUCAAUGUCUUGUCCUCAUCUCAGUGGCGUUGCAGCACUACUAAAAAGCGCUCACCCUGAUUGGUCUCCAGCUGCAAUUAAGUCAGCAAUUAUGACAACAGCCGAUGUUCUAAACCUCAGAUCCAACUUAAUCGAGGAUGAGACGUACCUUCCAGCCGAUGUCUUUGCCACGGGUGCAGGCCACGUUAAUCCAUCAAAAGCGAAUGAUCCUGGCCUUGUAUAUGACAUAAAAACAUCUGAUUACUUACCUUAUUUAUGUGGUCUAAAUUACACCGACAGACAAGUUGGAAUCAUUUUGCAGCGCAAAGCUAAUUGUUCGGAAAUUACUAGCAUCUUAGAAGGUGAGUUAAACUAUCCAUCGUUUUCAAUCAAAGUCACAGGCAACUCAACAGCUCAAGUGUAUUCAAGAACUGUGACGAACGUAGGACAAGCCUACUCAACAUACAGAGUUGAAAUUGGUUCACCACCUGGACUUGAUGUGAAAGUUGAACCAACUACACUUGUUUUUUCAGAGGUGAAACAAAAACUAAGCUAUCAAGUGACACUUACACCUUUGGCUACUAUACCAAAUUCCACUUUUAGUCAGGGAUCUCUCAGAUGGAUUUCUGAAAAACAUAUUGUUAGGAGCCCAAUCGCUGUUCGGUUUUUAUCUUUCUGAAGAAACAAAUGGAGGAGCUGAUCUCAGUGACACAUUGAUCAAGAUUUUUCAUUUGCAAUAAAACUAUUUUCAAUAUAAAUGUAUCUUCUUCUGUUCUUUUUUAAUGUGCAAUAAAAUCAUAUACUAUUAUUUUGUUAUUUUUCUCUCUUGUAAAUACAAUCAUACUCAUGUUCUGUAACAAUACAAAAAGUGAUCCUACACCAAUGUUUUUCGUAGUAAAUGUAAGCAACUCAUAUUUUCAACGAUUUUCGAUCUGGAGAAUCGUGCUUACUCAAAAUAAGGCAAAUAAAAUAUUCCUUCUGUUUUGUAUUA